AUGAAGUCAGUAGGGGGAGGAGUCAGGCAGCAGGAAGUGUGCAGAGGGAGGAGUCAGGCAGCAGGAAGUGAGAAGGGGGAGGAGUCAGGCAGCAGGAAGUGUGCAGAGGGAGGAGUCAGGGUGCAUGAAGUCAGUAGGGGGAGGAGUCAGGCAGCAGGAAGUGAGAAGGGGGAGGAUUCAGGCAGCAGGAAGUGUGCAGGGGGAGGAGUCAGGGUGCAUGAAGUCAGUAAGGGGAGGAGUCAGGCAGCAGGAGGUGAGGAGAAGGCGGAGUCAGGGAAAAGGAAGUGA